CCCUCACUGCGCCCGGGCGGGUACGGCUCGCCGCCCCCAUGCCCCCCGCCCCCCCAGAAACUGCAGCGACGUGGCUUUCAAUGCAUUGGAGAGCGCCUGCGGCCAGAGAGGGGCUGCCUGGCCCAGCAAAGCCUGUCUAGCUGACGGUCCCCGGGAUAACGCCACCGUCCCGCUGCAGAGCCGGCAGAGCCAUGCCCAAGAAGGAUGACGGCACCAAAAAGCCGGCAUCAGAGACGGUGCCGGACCAGCGCUGGAAACUACAAGUCUUCUACCUCUGCUUCUAUGGCUUCAUGACGCAGAUCCGGCCCGGGGAGAGCUUCAUCACCCCGUAUCUCCUGGGGGCCGACAAGAACUUCACACAGGCAGAGGUGACCAACGUGAUCAUGCCGGUGCUGACCUACUCCUACAUGGCCGUGCUGGUGCCCAUCUUCCUGCUGACAGACUACCUGCGCUACAAGCCGGUGCUGGUGCUGCAGAGCCUGAGCCACAUCUCCAUCUGGCUGCUGCUGGUGUUGGGCACCUCAGUCCUGGCCAUGCAGCUGAUGGAGUUCUUCUACGGCGUCACCAUGGCUGCCCGCAUUGCCUACUCCUCCUACAUCUUCUCCCUCGUCGCCCCGUCCCGCUACCAGCGUAUGGCCAGCUACUCCCGCUCCGCUGUCCUUCUGGGUGUCUUCACCAGCUCAGUGCUGGGCCAGCUGUGCAUCACCUUGGGCAGCGUCUCCUUCCUCACCCUCAACUAUGUCUCAUUGGGCUUCGUCAGCUUCGGCCUCAUCCUCACCCUCUUCCUUGAGCGGCCCCGGCGCAGCCUCUUCUUCAACCGGCCCGAGGGGGCUGACGAUGGGGCUGCGCCUGCCGAGCUGGACAAGAUGGCCAGGGGGGAUGGCGGUGGGGGGAUGCGGGGCUGGCGGGAGGCGGUGCUGUGCCGUAUGCUGCGGGAGGUGGGAGCAUUGGCCAGGCAACCCCAGCUCCGGCUCUGGUCCUUGUGGUGGGUCUUCAACUCGGCUGGUUACUACCUGGUGCUGUACUACGUGCAUAUCCUCUGGAACGAGAUCUACCCCACCAUGGACAACCGCCAAGUGUACAACGGAGGGGUGGAUGCCGCCUCCACACUGCUGGGGGCCGGUGCCUCCUUCGCUGCCGGCUACGUGAAGAUCCGCUGGACACUGUGGUCGGAGCUGGUGAUUGGGGUGGUGACGGCUUUCCAGGCGGGGCUGCUCCUGCUCAUGAACACCACCAGCAACAUCUGGCUGUGCUACGCCACCUACGUCCUCUUCCGUGGCUCCUACCAGUUCCUGGUGCCCAUUGCCAUUUUCCAGAUCGCUACCUCCCUCUCCAAAGAGCUCUGCGCGCUGGUCUUUGGGGUCAACACCUUCUUUGCCACGGUGCUGAAGACCAUCAUCACCAUCGUCGUGGCCGACAAGAGGGGCUUGGGCUUGUCGGUGCAUCCCCAGUUUUACGUGUAUUUCGGCUACUUCACGCUGCUGGCAGUGGUCUACCUGCUAGCGGCCGUUGGCGUGGGCAUCCGGCACAGCUGCUGCAAGCAGCCGGCAGAGCUGGCCUUGGUGAAGGAGCUGUGCCAGCUCCCCGCUGAGGUGCCGGCGCAGGAGAAGAGCUUGGAGGCAGGCACCGUGUGAGCCUGAGCACCGGCACUGCGACCGGGUCUCAGCUCCAUAAGUGAGCAUCACCAUCACCGUGUGCUUUGUCUCCUGUCCCGCCAGCAGUCCGGCCCAUUGAGGACAUACCCCUUGGGACCCGUUUUCUGCUCCAUGGGGCACGGCUGUGCCCCCCACCAGCCACAAACACAACCAGAGCAGGGGCAGGAUGCCCACAGCUGCCACUGUGGGUAGCACGCAGGCAUACAGAUGGGAUCCGGGGGCUUUCCCGGCCACCGGCUCCCCAUCAUCGUGUGGAGCCAGGCUACAAGAGGAUAACAUUUCUUUAUUCAGUGCCUUUAGAAAAUGGUUUAUAGGACACAAUCCACAAAAAAAAAUAUAAAGAUCCACAGGCUUUAAAUUGCAUUAAUUACACAAAAUACAGUAGACUGUAAGAAAUAGAGACCAUGUGACUCGCACAGCUUUUAUGGUAAUAAUUUCCAUAAAAUAAUAAAAAGCUAGUUACAGAUUU